AUGUGUCCUGAGUGGGUGGCAUCUAUAUAUGGGCGGUCCAGCAGCCCCGAUUAUCACAUUACACUGAGAGGAAAUACGAAAGAGAUGUCUAAAGGACCAGCUGUUGGAAUUGAUCUUGGUACUACUUUCUCUUGCGUUGGUGUAUUCCAACAUGGAAAAGUGGAAAUCAUAGCUAAUGACCAGGGCAAUCGCACUACCCCCAGUUAUGUCGCUUUCACCGACACCGAGCGUCUGAUCGGUGAUGCUGCCAAGAACCAGGUGGCUAUGAAUCCUACCAACACUGUUUUCGAUGCCAAACGUCUCAUUGGUCGUCGAUUUGAUGAUAGUAUUGUGCAGGAUGAUAUGAAACAUUGGCCCUUCCAUGUGAUCAACUCCGGUGGCAAACCGAAGAUCGAGGUGGAGUUCAAGGGUGAGAAGAAGUCGUUCUUUGCAGAAGAGAUCUCCUCCAUGGUGUUGUUGAAGAUGAAGGAGACAGCUGAGGCUUACCUUGGGAAGACAGUGACAGACGCCGUGAUUACUGUGCCAGCCUACUUCAACGACAGUCAGCGUCAAGCCACGAAGGAUGCUGGUGCCAUAUCGGGCUUGAACGUUCUUCGAAUCAUCAACGAGCCCACUGCGGCUGCCAUCGCGUAUGGUUUGGACAAGAAGGUGGGAGCUGAACGCAAUGUGUUGAUCUUCGAUUUGGGUGGUGGCACCUUCGAUGUGUCCAUUCUCUCGAUUGAGGACGGACACAUCGAAGUGGCGUAUGGGGCGGCUGUGCAGGCGGCGAUAUUGUCGGGUGACAAGUCGGAGGCAGUGCAGGAUCUGCUCCUGCUGGAUGUUGCGCCGCUGUCCCUUGGUCUGGAGACCGCGGGUGGUGUGAUGACGGCUCUCAUCAAACGCAAUACAACCAUCCCAACCAAACAGACACAGACCUUCACCACGUACUCGGACAACCAGCCAGGUGUGUUGAUUCAGGUGUACGAGGGUGAGCGUGCGAUGACUAGGGACAACAAUCUGUUGGGGAAGUUCGAGUUGUCUGGCAUCCCUCCGGCUCCUCGUGGUGUGCCUCAGAUAGAGGUGACCUUCGACAUAGACGCCAACGGUAUCUUGAAUGUGUCGGCGGUGGACAAGUCGACUGGUAAGGCGAACAAGAUCACGAUCACCAACGACAAGGGUCGUUUGUCGAAGGAGGAGAUAGAGAGAAUGGUGAAUGAUGCGGAGAAGUUCAGACAGGAGGAUGAGAAGCAGCGUGAUCGUGUGGCGGCGAAGAAUGGGUUGGAGAGCUAUGCGUUCUCGAUGAAGUCGACAGUGGAGGAUGAGAAGGUGAAGGAGAAGAUAGCGGAGGGUGAUAGGAAGAAGGUGGUGGAGAAGUGUGAGGAGGUGUUGAAGUGGUUGGAUGUGAACCAGACUGCAGAGAAGGAUGAGUACGAGCACAAGCAGAAGGAGUUGGAGAGUGUGUGCAAUCCCAUCAUCACAAAGAUGUACCAGGAGGCAGGUGGUGCUUGUGGAAUGCCAGGUGGUGUUGGUGGUGCUGGUGGAAUGCCAGCCUCUGCUGGCGGUGGUCCGACCAUUGAGGAGGUGGAUUAA